AUGGAGAAGAAAAGUGAAGGAACCUUGGCUAUUGUGUUGCUGGCUUUAAUACAAGGUUUUCUGGCCUCUAGUGCUGUGGAGGUGCAGCCCUCCAUCAACCCUGCUGCAGUCGGGGACACAGUGACACUGUCUCUGUCUCCCUCUAUAACUCUAAAAAGUGGAAGCUGGGCAGUGGGAGAGUCCCUCAUACUCACCUGGGUGGGUAACCAGCUGGCAGUCUUCCCUAGUCACAGCGGCAGGGCGACAGCCAACGUCCUCACUGGAGCUCUUACUCUGAGCUCCGUCAAGGUGGCCGACUCAGGAGUCUACGCAGUGCAAAGCAGUGACCCCCCAUUUAAUGCCAAUACUUCCAUCACUGUUCUGGAGCCCAUUUCAAAUGUGACACUAAGGGUGAAUCAAACCAACCGGAUGGAGUUCAACAGUUCAGCAGUCAUUACGUGCUCUGUUUCCUCUGGAUCCUCCCUCUCUUUCCUCUGGCUGAACGGCAGCUCUGAGGUUACAGCCAGCAACAGAGUUCAGCUCACUGAUGGAAACUCCACUCUCACUAUACUCAGUGCAACCCGCUAUGACCAGGGACCAUUCAGGUGUCGUGUGUUCAAUCCUGUCAGUAAUGGCACCAGUGAUCCAGUAAACUUUACUAUCAAUUAUGGUCCUGAUAACAUGGCCAUAACAGUGAAUGGACAGAACAAGACUUCCUUCUCUAUUGGAUCCAAUCUGGCCAUGCUCUGUUCAGUGCAGUCCAAUCCUCCAGCUCAGCUUCAGUGGGCCUUCAGAGGAGGGCUUGUGAACACUACAGGUCUAUUGUUGAAGCUGUUCAGCGUCAACGAAGAUCAAAGUGGUCCAUAUUCUUGUCUGGCCUUUAACAAUCUCACCAACACCAACGGCAAUAUCACCAUACACAUCGUGAUAGCAGGAUCUGAACAACAGGCGGUCAGCAUGUGGCUCCUUCGUCUGCUAUUAUUGUUUGGAUUUCUCUUCUCAUUGCCAGCUCCUGCACAUAGCCAGAGUAUAUAUGCCUCCACCAAUCCAUUACAAGUGGGCAGCACAGUCACAAUUCGCAGUGACACCAAUGUCACUAUCGGCGCAUGGAUGUUCAACAGUGCUAUCAUUGUGAUGGUAUUCCCAGGAGCUUUCAUCAUGUCUAACGAUUGGAAAGACAGGGUCACGUACAAUCCAACCAAUUUAUCAUUGACUAUAAUGUCACUACGGGUCGAAGACUCCGGAUUGUACACAUUAGAAGCCAUAAAUUCUUUUCAUACUGAGUUAACACUGUCAGUCCGAGUGCCUAUUUCAUAUGUGACAGUGAGGGCAAACACAACCAACCUGAUGGAGUUAACUGACACAGCAGUUCUCAUGUGCUCUGUGUCCAACGGCUCGUCCCCGUCUUAUGCUUGGCUGAAUGGCAGUUCUGUGAUUACUGCCGGUGGGAGAGUACAGCUCAGCAAUGGAGGCACCACUCUCACCAUGGUCGGGGUGACCCGCUAUGACCAGGGGCCAUUCAUGUGCAAUGUGACCAAUGGCAUCAGCCAUGCAAUCAGUAUCCCUGUACUUCUGAACAUCAGCUAUGGUCCAAGUAACGCAAAAAUCACAAUCACGCCCAUGCAGUACAUCUACAGAAGAGGAUCUAACAUCACACUCUCAUGUUCAGCGGAGUCCAACCCUCCAGCAGUGAUCCAGUGGAGGGUUGAUGGAACGUAUCUAAAUCAGUCUGGCACACAGCUUCAACUACAGAGUGUUACACAGAGCAACUCCGGAAAUUACCAAUGCUUAAUUCACAACACAGUCAAAUCCACGUUCACCAACGCAAGCGCAAUGAUCAGGAUUUUGGACCCAAUAGCAGCAGUUGUGGUGAAUAAUGCAGGUGGACCAGCAAUACUAAAUGAGCUGUUCAUUCUGCAUUGCGAAGUGACUGGUUCUGUUGACAUGAUUCAGUGGUGGAAGAAUGGUCAACUUAUAUCUGCUGACAAUACAACAGUCUUUGACAUAAGCAACAAGACAAUGAUUCUCAACCCAGUCCAACAAUCAGAUGAUGGAGAUUAUCAGUGUGAGGCUUUUAAUUAUGUGAGCAACAUGAUCAGCAGCCGCUAUACAGUUAAAGUAAACUAUGGCCCAAUGAAACCAGUGAUCACGGGGGUGUCUGUGGCUCUGGCAGGAACAAAGGAGAUCCUCAACUGCUCAAGCGCGUCUUAUCCUACCAGCCUCAUCAGCUGGUAUUUCAACGAUUCCCUGCUGGCUACCACCUCAGAGUUAGCGAUUGGACCUUUGACCUUAGACAUGAGCGGGAAGUACAUCUGCAUAGCCUUCAACAACAUCACCAAAAUAAGCAGCUCUGCCUACACGAUGCUCACUGUUUUGGCUCCAGUGACCACAGUGUCAAUAAAAAUGGUCAGAGCUCAUCCAGUCCUGAACCACACCUUCACCCUAACCUGUGACUCAGCUGGACACGUCCAUUCAGUUAUCUGGAUGCAUAAUUUAUCCCCACUGUAUCCUGACAACACAAGAAACUUCUCAAUAGACAACGCCACCCUCACCUUUGAUCCUAUCUUGCACUCUGACAAUGGGAGCUAUCAGUGUGAAGCUUCCAACACAUUCAGCAAAUCAACCAGUGAAAUCUUCAAACUGGAUGUUGUUUAUGGACCUGAUAUGCCAACUAUCACAGGACCAAAUGUGGCAAGGACAGGAGACAAUGUUACACUGAGCUGCUACGCACCAUCAAACCCUCUCAGCUUCUACAGUUGGCUCUUCAACGGCUCUCUAGUGGCGAAUACGUCUCAGUAUGUCACACCUCCUCUUACCAUAGCCACAUGUGGAAUAUACACGUGCAUGGCCUACAACAACAUCACUGGAAAAAACAGUACCGCACACAGAAUGCUUACUGUUGUUGAUUCAAUAAUAGAUGUACAAGUACAAGCAUCAAUGGAUUAUGCUAUAGAAAGUAAUUUCUAUAUGCUGAAAUGCAAUGUGACUGGACCCGCUGAGCAUGUUAACUGGAUGAAAAAUGGUGAGCCACUGCAAGAAGACAACAGAACUGCUAUCAACAUGGCCAAUGCAACAGUCACCUUCAGCCCACUAGAAACCACUGAUACUGGAUACUACCAGUGUAUGGCUAUUAAUGCUUUUGACAACAAGACCAGCCCUCCAUACAAGCUCCGUGUCAAUUUUGGACCAAGAACACCCACCAUUGACGGGCCAGCUUUUGCGGAGAAAGGAAAUUCUGCAAUCUUCCAGUGUUCUGCCAUGUCAAUACCUCCCAGUCAGUUCAGCUGGUGGUUCAAUGGCUCCAUUGUGGCCAAUACAUCAUUGUUUAAAACUGGCCCUUUGUCGUUCAAUAUGAGUGGAGAAUACACCUGUAUGGCCUACAAUUAUUUGACAGGAAAGAACAGCACAACAUCCAAGAUGCUCACAGUCAUUGGGGUUAUAGAGUCAGUGGUGAUCAGAAACAACACAGUUCCAAUAAACUUUAAUAUCUUCACUCUGACAUGUCAAGUUACUGGGCCGUAUGACAAGAUCUACUGGAUGAAGAACAACAUGCCCCUCAACAUGAACACCCCCACAGCCUACCACGCUAAAAACAAUGUGCUGUGCUUCACUCCAGUGACAACGAACAAUGACGGGAUAUAUCAGUGUGUCGCUGUCAAUCAGGGGUUUUCACAUUACAGCCCCCAAUACAUUCUCCUGGUGAACUAUGGCCCUCUGAGUGUGAAUAUCUACGGUCCAAAUUCAGCAGAGGUUGGCAGCUCCGUGUCCCUGAACUGCUCUGCUACUUGUCAGCCAGAUUGUGUCCUCUCCUGGUUCUUCAACAAGCAGUCAUCAAAACCUCUAAAGACGGGCUCUGUUUUCACUUUCUCUGUGGCAAAAAAGAAUCAGGGGAACUACAUCUGUAUGGCAAACAACCUUGUGACUAACAUCACAAAGUACCAGACUAAAGCCGUUACUGUUACUGAUCACGCCCCCACCCUCCACAUCCCAUAUCAAGGCAGUCUGAUGAUGAUGGGUCUGUUUGCUUUGUCGGUCACUGUGCUAUUAAACUGAGACCUUCACAGUUGCACUCCCUACAGUCAACAAUCUCACUGUGAAAUGAAUGGGAAAACUUUUAUCUAAGUUACAGUUUGCUGUUUGAUUUCCUUUAAUUAGAUUUAUUUUCACUAAUGUACAACAACGAAUAAUAACAUUUACACUGGCAGUGAAAUCGGCAGAUAUUAUUAUUAGGAUAUUGUUAUUAUUAUUGCACUGCUUGUUUGGGGAUUUUAGGUCAAAUGUUAUCAUUAAGUAGUUUUGUUAGUGUGGUGGCUGUUAUUGUUUCUGCCCUAGAGCCAGUUAAAUAAAAAAUACUUAAGUGCAUUUGCAUAGUAAACAAGGGGAAACACUGCAAUGUGUUCCUCUGACUUUUCAUACUCUUUUGGUACAAAUUGCAGUUCUUCACUGUGAACACUUUUUUUCUGUUAUGCAUGAUAACAUAAUAUAAAAUGUAAGUCUAAUUAUGCUUUGAUGAUUGUUCUUAAUCAAUAAAAAAAUCAACACAGACAA